CACACACAGCCAAGUCAAGCAAGCCAUGGCUUCCAAGCACCUUUUGCUAUUCCAAAUCACAUUGAUUAGCUUGAUCUUAGCAGUCUCUUGCUUCCCUGCUCAUAGCCCGAUAGGCCAGCUCUCUCCGUAUUAUUAUGACGGAUCGUGCCCUCGCUUGCAAUGGAUCGUCAGAUCCAACGUUUGGGCAGCCUUCCAGAAAGAUACAAGGAUUGCUGCCUCUCUUCUUCGAUUACACUUUCAUGACUGCAUCGUCGAUGGCUGCGAAGGAUCCGUGCUUCUUGAUGACACCGUAGACAUGAAGGGCGAGAAGAACGCCUUGCCAAAUCGCAACUCUCUCCGAGGCUUUGAAGUCAUCGACGCUAUAAAAGCCGACCUCGAGAAUUUCUGCCCCUUCACCGUCUCGUGCACUGAUAUACUCACCCUAGCUGCAAGAGAAGCCGUCUAUAUGUCAGGUGGACCUUAUUGGGCCGUACUAUUGGGAAGAAGAGAUGGAAUCACGGCUAGCGACAAGUCGGCCAAUGAACAGAUACCGUCGCCUAUUGAGCCUUUGGAUAACAUCAUUGCUAAGUUCACUUCAAAGGGUCUGGAGUUGAAGGAUGUUGUGGUCCUCUCAGGAGGGCACACCAUAGGCUUUGCCCAGUGUUUCACCUUCAAGAGGAGGCUCUUCAACUUCAAAGGGUCCGGCAAGCCUGACCCGACCUUGGACACCUCCCUCUUAUCGAGCCUCCAGAGCACAUGCCCCAAUAAAGACGCCUCCAACACCAACCUCGCUCCUCUCGACUCCACUGUGGACAAAUUCGACAACUACUACUACGCCAACCUGGUGAACAAUUCGGGCCUACUCGAAUCGGAUCAAGCCUUGAUCGCUGACGCGAGAGCCGCCCCACUCGUCGAUUCCUACACCACCAACCCCACGCUGUUCUAUAAUGAUUUCGCCGCUUCCAUGUUGAAGUUAGGCAAUGUUGGAAUUCUCACUGGGCAGAGUGGGCAGAUUAGGAAGCAGUGUGGCUCCGUGAACUAAAGUGGACUAAUGAAAUAAAUGGGACAUGUUGUUGCCUUAAAACAAAGUUGUGACAUCCGUAAAUUAUCGAUUUGGUGUUCCUAUGUUGAGUAGAUAACUUAAAGCGUUGGUUGUCCCAUCAUCACUAGAUGUGCAAAGACACGAUCAAAUGAGAACAUUUGAGAUGUAGAUAUUCCUCUUUCUUUUGAA